GCACAGAUGCCGUAAAACCGGUUAAUCAAGUGCUACAAUAAGCAGACAGUCUAGAGAGAGAGAGAAAUAACUGGGCGGCUUGCACUUCCUUGUUUAUGAAGGCUGUGAUGGAACAGGCAGAAAUCACCGUCCCGAGGCAGAUCUGCAUUUUAUACAUUUAUGAAGGCAAAACAUCAAGAAAUCUUUAAAUAUAGUUUGUAAGUUUUACACCACGAAUAACUGAAGACUUCUCUUGGUAGAAAUGCCAGUCGGAAUCUGAAGAAGUUAAUCGGAAUCUGAAGAAGUUAAUGGCAGAAGAAUGCAGAGAGACGAGAGAGAGUUGCUACUUUAACAUUACAUAACAAGGCUACUGGGAUGAAUACUUAAUCUGGGCCCAAGCACCAAGACAUCGUAUAAGGGAAUUAUUAAAGGAUCUGCAGUAUAAACUGCAAAUUCACAAUAUGGCUGCAAUAUUCUUUCUGCUCAUUUACUUAUCUUCAAGUGGACAGUGUGUCAGGCAGGAAAUAUUUGAAAGCCAUAUAGCAAAUUACUCCAACAAAUUUCUUUUUGCUGUUCCAAAGAACCUUUCAUCACUGACGACUGUGCUGGAUAUCUCAUUUAAUUCUAUAGCAACAAUGGAAACAUCUGAAUUUAACUAUAUAUUUGAUCUACAAGUGUUGAAUGCAUCUUACAAUAAAAUGAAGUAUCUAAAUAGCAGUAUUUUUAAAUUUAACACCCAACUGCAGUAUCUUGACUUUUCCCACAAUGUACUAAGAAAUAUCUCUGGUACAUUUCCAAGUCAUAUUCAACAUUUGGACAUUUCUUUCAAUAAUUUUCAGACUUUAUCUGUGUGCAGUGGAUUUGGAAACAUGGUUCUACUGGAAUAUCUUGGGCUUGGUGCGGAUCAGAUUCUAAAAUCUGAUUUUGAGGGGAUUGUGCAUUUGCACCUGAAAGAAGUGUUCAUUGAGUUAAACUCCCUAAAUGAUUAUGAAAAUGGCAGCUUAUUAUUACUGAACACAAAGAAGCUUACGCUUGACUUUGGUGUACUAUCCAAUGAAGACCGCUACAAUGUGUUAUUUGAUGCUGUCAACACAACCAGCGUUCUAGAACUGUCGCAUUUACAGAGAUGGAAUAUUCACAUUGAUCCAAAGAAAUAUAUUUUCAAUAUUGUACAAAAUUCAAAAGUAACAGAUCUAACAAUGAGGCAUGUUAAUGUCGAAUGGAAAAUGAUUGUCCUGGCACUUCAGUAUAUCUGGCAUUCCUCUGUUGAAACACUGACGUUCUAUGAUUUCUCUCUCAAAGGAUUAAUAGCAAAAACAUCCUUUGAUUAUUCUAAUACAUCAGUGAAAGCAGUUAAUGUGCAAGGUGUGAAUGUUGGAGUUUUUCAGUUUGACCAAAGCUCUGUAUAUAGGGUCUUUUCUAAUAUGAAUAUUGAAAACCUGACGUUAAACUUUGCUAGCUUACUGUUUAUGGUGUGUCCUCUCAAUUCCAGCACCUUUCAGAGUAUUGAUUUUUCACACAAUGCCCUGACAGACGACCUUUUCAAAGACUGCUUUACAUUAAUAAAUCUAAAAAGAUUAAAAUUGAGAAAAAAUAAACUUGAAAAAAUAUACAAACUGAGUGCUAUGACAGAGAAUAUGCCCUCUUUGGAGUAUUUGGAUGCAAGUCAUAAUUUAUUGGCCUAUGAUGAGGAGGACUGCCACUGGUCUCAAAAUAUUGUCGAGCUGAAUUUGGCAUCAAAUUUUUUGACAGCAUCUAUUUUUAAAUGUUUGCCAAUUAGUAUUAAAAUUUUGAUACUUGAGAGCAAUGACAUCACACAUGUUCCAAGCGGUGUGACCCAUUUAGAUGACUUGGUAGAACUUAACCUUUCAUUCAAUCGGCUGGGUGAUUUACCAGACUGCAGUAAUAUUAGUAGUCUUAGUCUUCUUGGUGUUGAGGGUAACCAGAUCCUAUAUCCCUCAAUUGAAUCUAUUGAGAGUUGCAGUCGAGUAAAACACAUAAGUGCUGGCCAGAACCCAUUUCAGUGUAAUUGUGAAUUAAGAAGGUUCAUUAACCAAGAAAAAGAGGCGCCAGGAACAUUGAUUGGGUGGCCAGAAGCUUAUGUUUGCAAGUAUCCUGACCAUCUCAGGGGAACCAUGUUAAAAGAUUUUUACAUAUCAGAAAUAACAUGCAAUGUAUUCAUUCUGAUACCUGUUAUAAUCUUGCCAAUCAUUAUUUCCAUAGCCCUUAUUAUUGGCCUUUGUAAAUACCUUGAUGGGCCAUGGUUUUUGAAAAUGAUCUGGCAAUACACCAGAACCAAGCAGAGAACAAGAACUAGUAAACAAGGUUACCAGUCACUCCAAAGGGAUUUUGACUUUAAUGCAUUCAUCUCUUACAGUGAACAUGAUGCAUCUUGGGUAAAGAACAUAUUCUUACCUAGCAUUGAAAGAAGCAAUGACUGUAUACGAAUCUGCCAGCAUGAGAGAAAUUUUAUCCCUGGUAAAAGCAUAAUUGAGAACAUAAUAAACUGCAUUGAGAAAAGCUAUAAAUCAAUUUUUAUUUUAUCUCCCAAUUUUGUUCAGAGUGAGUGGUGCCACUAUGAACUCUACUUUGCUCACCACAAAUUGUAUACUGAAAACAAUGACAACCUAAUCCUGAUUCUGCUUGAACCGAUCCCCCAGUACCUGAUUCCCUCUAAAUACUACAAACUGAAAACUCUAAUGGCUCAAAGAACAUACUUAGAAUGGCCAUCUGAGAAAAGCAAGCAUGGCCUUUUUUGGGCUAAUUUAAGGGCAGCCAUUAGUAUAGAUUUAACUCAUGCAGAGAGUGAAAUUCCUUACUCAAUUUCAAGUGAAAAUCCUUGCUCAAUUUCAAGUGAAAAUCCUCACUCAAUUUCAAGUGAAAAUCCUUACUCAAUUUCAAGUGAUAAUCCUUGCUUAGGGACCAGUGAAAAUCCUUGCUCAAUUUCAAGUGAAAAUCCUUACUCAAUUUCAAGUGAAAAUCCGUGCUAAGGGACCAGUGAAAAUCCUUGCUCAAUUUCAAGUGAAAAAACUUGCUUAGUGUAAGGUUUGUAAAAUUUGUAGCACUUUUUAUAAUCAAAUUUAUAGUCUAAAAUACUUUUACAUUUUGUCAUGUUCUGUUUUGUGCUGAUUUAUAAAUAAAAUUUGCUUUAAUGAUUUUUAUCGAUGCAGAA